AUGAAGGCCAAAAUGUUGUCUCCAAGUGAUUACACGAUGUCACGCAAGACUCUAGGCCGAUUAUUAUUUGGGUUUGGGAGCGAUUACAAUCAAGUUUAUUCCAUGGAAAUGCUUAAUAGGGAUUUUGAUAUUCAUCUUGAUAAGGAACUUGAAGCAUUUCAAUAUCAAGUUUUUAGCCAGUUCAAGAAACUUUCGGACUAUCCAAAUGAUGAAAUCCUAUCCCUUGAUUGGUUAUGCGCGUUAUUAGAAGCUUUUGUUGCUUGUCAUCAUGAUUUUGAGGAUUUUACGUCCAAGCAUAAAGCGGAUUUUGCAAAACCUCCUUUAGAUAAGCUUCUUAAGGAGUUUUUUGAUAGGAUUAGUAUCAAGGGCCUUGAUAUUUGUAAUGCUGUAUGCGAUGGGAUUGACAAGAUUCGAUGUUCCAAUAAGUACUUAGAGAUAGUUUUGGAUGCUUUGAAUUUCAGGGACAAAAGACGACCGAUGAGCAAAGGGCAGUUCAGGAGGGCAAAGAAAGCGUUGACCGGGUUAUCUAAUGUUAUGACUGACAAUAGUAAGGAAUAUUCUGGAUGGUUCUUAUCACGAUCACGGAGACUUAAAUCUUUUGGGCGGCAUUCAAGCAAAGUAAAAGACCUCAAGAGAUCUGUUUCUUGGAGUGUGUCUAAUUCAUGGUCUGCAAGUAAACAACUCCAGUCAAUGUCGCAUAACAUGAUCUUGCCUGGACCAUAUGAGAUAACGACAAAUCGUGGCCUUGCAAACGUUGUUUUUACAAUGAGUUUUGUAACAAUGUUUGUCAUGUGGGCACUAGUGGCUGCAAUCCCCUGUCAAGGUAGAGGUAUCCUCACUAAUUUAUCUGUACCAAACAAUUUCUUAUGGGCUAGUCCCUUGUCGAUAAUUCAAGUUAGAAUCAUCAAUGAAUCCAAAAAGCAUGAUUGUAAGAAUAGUUUUGGACUUUUAAAAGAGAAUUAUCAAAUGGAAAAAUCUGUCCGUGUCAUUACAAAUUUGGAUGAAUCGGGUCACCAGUUUCCAUUAACUGAAGAAGAAAAGGAAAAAGUGAAACUGGCAGUUGGCGAACUACAAAUGGUUAAUAAUGCUUAUGAGAAGUGGUUGUUUCCGUUUGAGUGCCAAGUAAGACAAGUGUUUCACAAAAUUAUGUCAUGUCGGUUGGAGGGUCUUCAAAACCUAUGCAGGACAUGUUCUUGAGGAGCUGACAUUAGCCAGAAACAGGACAGACAAGAGAAACUCACAUGAUAGUAUUCGAUUUCUAGCAGCCACUUUGGUUCUUGCAGAAUCCCAUAGGAGUAGUAGUUCGAGAGUUUGAAGGUUUGAAGGACUGGCAAGUCGGGGGGUUCAAGUCCUGGAGGCAUCUUUUUUUCAGUUUUUUUUCUUUCUUAAAGAUUGAUAUAUAAGUUUUCACUCCCAACCCGAUAACAUUGAGUCUUGGCGUGCAGGGGUCACCAUAUAGGGGUAAGCUUGUACUCAUGUUGUUACUAUUGGGGUAUGAAGAUGUGUUCCAAGUUUUUUUCUUCCAGUAAUGUAUUUGUGCCAAACAGAAAAGCUAUACACUUUCACAUAACCUUAUACUUACUUGGUUAUUGUCAUUUUUAUACACUAGAUAAUA